AUGGCCAAGUGGACUGAUUUUGAGGUUGCCAUUGUUAUCAUACUUCGCUCACAGCAAUGCUCCUCUCCUGAGAUUAUAGAGAAACUCCAUCAGUGGAUCCCAGGAAAAAAACCCCGAACCCCAGGCGGCGUACGAGCAAAGAUCAAGGCGAUACUAGACCUCUGGGACCUGGUAGACUCCCCUUCGAGCAUUGAUGCGAUAUCGUGUUGGCUCUGCACGUUGCGCCUUGACCAGAAACAACACGCAUUCUGUUGGGCACUUCUAUUCAGGCACGCAAAGCCGGAACGAACGCUGUUGACCUCCCCAUCGCAUGACUACACCAAUCUUUACGGUGACGCUAGUUACAUGAGCUCCUUCGACGGGUCGGCGAGUUCUGGGAACAACUACCCAUUCACAACGGGACUAGAUGGGAGCUUCAGCCAGAAUGGCGUUGGGGACCAAGUUUCCUUUGGCGAACACUACUAUAACGGGGGACUUAACUCUGCACAAAUCUGA